UAUAGGUUGCCCUCGAGAACCUCGUGGGUUCACUCCUCUAUGUAUUUUGCCAAGCAGUAUACUUACACUUACAUCCAUUCAUUACCCUAGGCUAGCUUAUCUCUCUCUAUAUAUAUACACAAAAUCUCAUCUCCUAACAUCUCAACUCAAUCUCUACCUAGCUAUUAUCCCUCCUCUAUAGAAAACAUAUUGAAAGGAAGAAAGAAAGCAAGAAAAUGAAAGACCAGAAGAAUAAUACUGUAGUCUCGUCGAGCUCACCGUCCUCGUCCACCACCACAACAACAGCUAGAACAAACAAUCCACAACCCAUCAGUAACCUUGUAGUAAGAGCAGGAACGAUAAGGAAGAAUAACGAUAGGAAUGGCCUUCAACAAAUCCUUCAGAAUAAUCUUUUUCUUCAACGUCGAAUUAAAGAAUACAUUCUUUUCUCCAAGCUCAAAUCUAUGGUGCCUCCUCCUCAAGCCUUUCAAGAAAAGAUAUCAGGAAGGCAUGAAGAAGCAACAGAACUGGAUAUGGAGCUUCGUGAGAUCCCAUCAGCUGAGAGGGAUUCUGAUGAAGAAACAAAGACUGAUGAUGAUGAUGAAGAUGAUUUAGGAAAUACUUCAAUUGACUACGACAGUGAUUACGAGAAAGAUGGAGAUGAAGUUAAAUCAUUUGUGCCAUCGAUCAAGAUAAGUAAAAUAGAAGACUUGAUACUUAUCAAUACUACCGUUCUCAAGAAGGUUGCAUUAACUUCAUUUCUAUUCAGAAUUCUUGAAGAAGAAAACCUCGAUAUAGUGUUUGAGAAUCAAUAUAGAACUGAAUCAGUAGUUGCUCAUACUAUUCAAGUAAGGGUUCAACCAGAAUACAACAUUCAAGUAUUGGAGAACAGGCUCCGGAUGUGGGCAGGAGGAUUAUUAUGAGCUUAUGGAUAAACUUUUCGCCAUCAGCCCAUCACGUGUAAAUGGACCUUCAAUCCAUAAUUCAAUUGGUUCGUUAGUAGAUUAGUUUAUUACUUAAAUUAGGUAGUUGUUUUCGUUUGGUGUUGCCAGUUGUUUAUAAAUUGCUUGCAUUAUAAAACCUCGAUAUAGUGUUUGAGAAUCAAUAUAGAACUGAAUCCAAAGUUGCUCAUACUAUUCAAGUAAGAAUUCAACCAGAAUACAACAUUCAAGUAUUGGAGAACAGACUCCGGAUUUGGGCAGGGGGAUUAUUAUGAACUCAAAGAUCAACCAUUCACCAUCAUGUGUAAAUGGCCUUCCAAUACAUAAUUGCUAAAAUUCAAUUGGUUCGUUAA